AUGUUUUCGCGAGCACAUAAGGCUUUAGUCGCGCUUUUCUUUUUCCAUGCGCCGUUUGGUCAGUGCAGAGUGAACACCAUCAUCCGCGAUGUUGCUAUCAUUGGAGGCGGCGCUUCAGGAACCUUUUCAGCAGUCAGACUGCGCGAUGAAGGCAAAUCAGUCGUUCUGAUCGAGAAAGAAAAUAUCCUAGGCGGUCAUGUCAACACCUAUCAGGAUCCGGUGACGGGGACAACAGUGGAUUACGGCGUUGAAAUAUUUCACGAUAUGCAAAUUGUCAAGGACUACUUCAAUCGAUUGAAUGUUUCCUGGGCCAUUGAGGUUCUAGGUCCCCGUUCGUCUGCUCCAGACUACUUGGAUGGAAACACCGGCCAGACAGUCAAGUACAAGGCACCAAAUCCCGUUGCCGGGCUGAUCGCGUAUGCGGAACAACUGUCCAAGUAUCUAAACAUUGGGUUGGGAUUUUUCCUUCCCGACCCCGUUCCAGAUGAUUUUUUACUGCCAUUCGGCCAGUUUCUUGCCAAAUACCCCGAUAUUGGAAAUGCAACCUACACGAUCUUUUCAUAUGGUCAAGGUCUAGGUAAUUUUCUCGAUCAGCCCACGCUGUACGUAUUCAAGAAUUUCGGACUGGACAUUAUCCAAGGUAUCUCAAGUGGAUUCCUGGUGACGACGAGCUCAGAUAACUACGAAAUCUAUGAUCACGCCACGAAGCUCCUCGGGUCCGAUGUACUUUUGAGCAGUCGAGUGGUAUCCACGCAAUACAGGGGUGAUCAUGGAGUCGAGCUCGAUAUUGAAACCCCGACUGGCACCCAAGUCGUGAUAGCGAAAAAGCUAUUGAUUGCCAUUCCGCAAAAACUCAACAAUAUGAACCGAUUCGCUCUCGACACGCGCGAGGCGAAUGUUUUUCGCGAGUUUGGGAACUCCGGAUACUACACCAGCUUGGUCAGGAAUACCGGCUUGCCAGCGAACUUCACCUCAUAUUCUGUGAGCCCUGAUACGCCAUACAACAUUCCCAGGCUUCCCGGUGUCUAUGAUGUUGUUCCAACGGCAAUCCAUGGUGUCUUCGACGUCAAAUACGGUAGCCCGCACAGUGUACCGGAUGGUUUUGUUCGAAAGCAAAUUCUCUCAUAUAUCAAGAAGUUACAGGCAAAUGGGUUCGCUGAGAAUGUAUCGGGUGAUCCAGAGUUUGUGGCGUUCAAAAGUCAUACUCCAUUCGAGUUGACGGUGUCUCGGGAUAAAAUUGCGAACGGGUUCUAUAAAGAUUUCUACUCACUGCAGGGUCAUAGAAACACAUGGUACACUGGGGCUGCUCUCCAUACGCAAGAUUCAUCAUUGAUUUGGAAUUUCACUGAAUCGUACGUGUUGCCAGAAUUGUUGAAAUAG